AUGGCGCUGCGCUCUCUUGUUAGAAAGAUGCCGGCCCUGGGUCUCAGGCCGCCGCCGACGGCCAACCUUAUGGGUCCCGUCCGGGCGCUGUCGCCGGCGGCGGGUUCUCGGCUCAUGUCCCAUGGGGCUCCGGCAAUCGAUCGCUUGUGCGCGGAGAUCUAUUCUGAAGACGAGAUGGCUAGGGUUCGGGAGGAAAUAAAUCGCCUGCGCGCGGAGACUGACCAGAACCGCAUAGAGUUAAAAAAGCAGGACGCUGAGGGGUUGAAGAUGAUUGAGAUGACCCAACAAGUCAUGGACGCAGCUGAAGCUUCUUAUAAUGAAGCCGCCAGGCAUAAUACUGAAGCCAUUAAAAGCAUAAUGGAAGAUUUUCGGAAAAUAGACAAGGCAUGUGACGUUGUUCUCAUUAGCUGUCCGCUGCUGAUUAUCCUUAUGGCCAUGGCUAUGUAG